CGGAACGCGACUCGGGAAGCUGUGUUUGCAAACUGUUUACAGGAACGAUAUAAAACAAACAAGGCUGAUAUUUUAAAAAGGCUACAGCGAAGAUGGCGGUCAAGACAGGAGAGGACCGUUUGAAGGAGAUGGAGGCUGAGAUGGCUCUGUUCGAGCAGGAGGUGCUGGGUGCGCCAGUCUCGGGGCCCUCAGUCACAGACGAGGUGGAGGUGGAGGUGGAGCCGGAACCCGAGGAGGGGCCUGUAGCCGUCGCCAUGCCAACGGAACCCGUGAUCCGGGCCAUCAUAGGAACCAACACCUACAGACAGGUCCAGCAGAGCCUGGAAGCCAGAGCCGCUGCCUUCGUUGUGCCCCCCACCUGUGGUUUCGUAGGACCAGGUGGGUCAUCGUGACGCAGGGAGGAAUACCCAGCUCUGACGGGGGGGAAAAAAAUACAUUCUGAACUCUGUUAAUGUUUCCGUGCUCCUGAUGAAAAAAAGAAAACAUCAAGCUUAUUUUUGAUUGUUCAGAUGUCUACAAAAUACCUUUUCCAUGAGUUCUGGAUUCUGAGAUAAACAAACAGUACAUUUAAUUGA